ACAGAUCCCUGCGUCGAGCCAUGUUAUAGGAAAUCCGCUUGCGGCGGAUUAUUGUAAUCCGACAGAGGGUCUGGACGACACAUCGGAUCACGAUAGAAAAAAAAGAGCCCAAAGCGCAGCGGCCUGUAACAGAUGCAGCUGGACCGAGAAUAAAGGGAUAAAGUCGGGAUAUGAUCUGAGGCGCGGCGCCGUGUUGCUGGAGCCUGAGAUCGGCGCUGCCCCGGGCCGCUUCAUCCGACACACACACGGUGACAGCGGCUCGGCAUUUCUGCACCGCUGCGCUCGGGAACGGCGGCGAUUAGCUGGAUAGAAACAGGCUCUCCGUCAACGCCUCGUUGUUGUUGUUUUUUUUCUCCGUGUCGGGAUUGAACCCUGCUCGGCCUGGAAGCUGAGCGCGGCCGUCCUCUGUGCCGCUCCCAGACGCUCCGCUGCUAGCGCGGCUAGCCCAGCCCAGCUAGCCUGCUAGCCGGAGAGGAAUCUGCCAAGUUUGCUCUGAGCCCCCGCGUCCGCCCGCAGCCAGCAGGGAGCGAGGAUGUCGGCCAAAGACCAAAACAAGCUCUCUACUGUGGAACGGCCCGUCAAAGCGGUGCCAUAUCCUCCCGGUACACGCCUGUCGGUCAAAGAGCUGUACGCCAAUGGGAAGCCCAGCCUGGAGGUGUUGAAGGCCCAUCUGGUGAAGGAGGGUCGGCUGGAGGAGGAGGCGGCCCUGCGGAUCAUCAACGAGGGAGCCAGCAUCCUGCGCGAGGAGAAAUGCAUGCUGGAAGUUGAAGCUCCCAUUACAGUGUGCGGGGACGUCCACGGCCAGUUCUUUGACCUGAUGAAGCUGUUUGAGGUGGGCGGCCCACCCGGCAACACCCGCUACCUGUUCCUUGGAGACUAUGUGGACCGAGGCUACUUCAGUAUUGAGUGUGUGCUGUACCUGUGGGCUUUGAAGAUCAACCACCCCGACACCCUGUCCCUCCUCAGAGGGAACCACGAGUGCCGACAUCUCACAGAGUACUUCACCUUCAAGCAGGAGUGUAAGAUAAAGUACUCUGAACAAGUUUAUGACGCCUGCAUGGAGGCGUUCGACUGCCUGCCUCUGGCCGCACUCCUCAACCAGCAGUUCCUCUGCGUGCACGGAGGUCUGAGCCCUGAGAUCACCUGCCUGGACGACAUACGAAAGCUGGACCGCUUUAAGGAACCGCCUGCGUUCGGGCCCAUGUGCGACCUGCUCUGGUCAGACCCGGGGGAGGACUACGGCUCGGAAAAGACCCAGGAACACUUCUGCCACAACAGCGUGCGAGGCUGCUCUUACUUCUACAGCUACCCGGCAGUGUGCGACUUCCUGAUGAACAAUAACCUGUUGUCUGUAAUACGAGCACACGAAGCUCAGGAUGCAGGGUAUCGAAUGUACAGGAAAAGUCAGACGACAGGCUUCCCGUCUUUAAUUACCAUCUUCUCCGCUCCUAACUACCUAGACGUGUACAACAAUAAAGCUGCGGUGCUGAAAUACGAGAACAACGUGAUGAACAUCCGGCAGUUCAACUGCUCCCCCCACCCCUACUGGCUGCCCAACUUCAUGGACGUCUUCACCUGGUCGCUGCCCUUCGUCGGGGAGAAAGUGACGGAGAUGCUGGUGAACGUGCUGAACAUCUGCUCCGACGACGAGCUGAUGUCCGAAGGGGACGACACGUGUGAGGGUGGAGCUCCUGCUGCCAGGAAGGAGGUGAUCAGGAACAAGAUCCGUGCCAUCGGGAAGAUGGCGCGCGUCUUCUCUGUGCUCAGAGAGGAGAAUGAGAGCGUUCUGCAGCUGAAGGGGCUCACCCCCACAGGAACGCUGCCCAUGGGCGUUCUCUCUGGAGGUCGCCGCACUCUGCAGAGCGCCACCGUAGAGGCAGAGGAGGCACGAGGCUUCAACCCGCAGCACAAGAUCCAGAGCUUCGAGGAGGCCCGGGGUCUGGACCUGAUCAACGAGAGGAUGCCCCCCCGCCGCGACAGCAGGCAGCACGAGGGGCCCCCCUCCCUCAACAACCUGCCGGCCAGCACCGGACCCCCGGACAAGAACGGCACCAACGCUCAGGCCUAGCUCCUUCCGGCUUCUCUUCCUCUCCUUCUCCUGUCCUUCCUUGCUUCCUUUUCCUUGGCCUCCAUCCUCCCGUCAGCGCUGGGGGGAGGGUUGGAAGUGGUCCGGUCUGAGUGCUUAUUUAUUUUCUCAUCGAGUAAAUAUCAUAGUAUGAGACUGAACCGAGGAAAUCUCAAAGUGACCAGGACCGGAUGCUUGCUGGUACCCCACACCACACCUAUGGGCCAGCCUUCUUUCUUUCUUUAGUUUUUUUUUUUUUUUUAUUAUUACCAUGGGGUGGGGGGGGGGGGAGAGAAAUGCUCAUUCAAAUGCCGUGUUUGUCCUCUCACACACACACACACACACACGCACACACACACACACCCAUCGUUUUCUUAUGCCAACAAUAGUGUGACUGAGCUCUGCGGAGCAAGUAUUGACAUUUAUACUGUAUAUGGAUAUUUUAACUGUUCCUGCUUUUCAAUGUGACAGUUUUUUGUUCUACAUAACGGAGAUCGGCGGGUGGGGUGGGGGUUGUUACUCCGAUACAUUAGGACUCAGAGAGCGGUGUUUAAACCUGCUUCCUGGAGCUGAUCCUCAGCUGUCAGCUCCAGGUGGGAUGGAGCCUGCAGGAGCUUCUGCUCUGAGAUCAAACCUAAAGGCUGAUUACUGCAACUCCAAUCAUCGCAACUAAAUUCCUGUUGCUUUUACUUGUGGAAAAGAAUCGUAAAAUCACAAAGGAAAGCUAGCUCUCCGGGUUAAAUGUCUAAAUUCAGACUUUUUGUCAUUGAGAAGUGAGGUUUUUGUUCUCGCUGGUUCUCCCAGCAGUUGAUCUAAGGUUCUGGGGCGGUCCUGAUUUACCCCCUCAGAGCAAAAACCAAACAAAUGCAGAGCUUUUCAAAGACAUUGAUGAUGGAAUUUGAGCUUUGGAAGCAGAGAAUCAUUCUAUACAAAUCUUAUUGGGGAAAAAAAAAAAGUUAACAUGUAGCCAAUUAAAACUAUCAUUUAAAGCCGUUAAAUAUCCAAAUAUGUGUUUAAAAUCUUGUUAAAAGCCUAAAACGAUUUAUAAAUUGCUGGUCUUAUCGUGCAGUUAAAACACCAAGAGCGAAUGUUGUUCUUGAAAUAUCAGGUGAAUAGAAAUAUCACAAUUAUGACAAAAUAAAGAAGCUAAAGAUUGAAAUAGUUAAUAGUUUUAAAAAGCUUUAUCCAGAUGUGUGCAACAUCCCUGGAGGUUUUGGGGGUGUGAGCUGGACGUCCAGCUGAAAGCCAGCAGGUCAGACCUCUCAGAUGGCUGAAAACCAAAGUUUUAAAACAAAUUGACUUGAAAAACGAGGAUUCUGUUCCAGACCAUGUGAAGCGGAGUUGUUGGACAGACUUUGGUGCGAGCGGGACUUGGAUGGGGUUUAUGUUGGGCCUAAUUUCUCAGAACAUCUCACAAAUUGUUUAUUUUUUUUCUUCUUUACAGAUAAAUUUAAUGUUUUUUUUUUUUUUUUUUUUGUUCAUGUUCUGCGAGGCCUCAUUUAUGUAGACGUUUCACUCCAUUCAAUAAAAAAAAA